GGCGAGAGCGCGCCCAGCCCCGCCGCGAUGCCCGCGCGCUCAGGACGCCUCCUCCCGCCCGCGGCCCCCGCCGCGCUGCUGCUGCUGCUCCUGCUGGACCAUGGCGGCGGCGGCCGAUGGGGCGCUCGGGCCCAGGAGGCGGCGGCCGACGGCGGGCACCGGGAGGACCCGCACUCCAAGCACCUGUACACGGCCGACAUGUUCACGCACGGCAUACAGAGCGCCGCACACUUCGUCAUGUUCUUCGCGCCCUGGUGCGGGCACUGCCAGCGACUGCAGCCAACUUGGAAUGAGCUGGGAGACAAGUACAACAGCAUGGAAGACGCCAAGGUGUUUGUGGCCAAAGUGGACUGCACAGCCGACUCGGAAGUGUGCUCAGCCCAGGGCGUGCGCGGCUACCCCACCCUCAAGUUUUUCAAACCUGGCCAAGAAGCUGUGAAGUACCAGGGCCCUCGGGACUUCCAAGCCCUGGAGAGCUGGAUGCUGCAGACGCUGAGGGACGAGCCUGCGACACCUGCGCCACAGGUAGAACCGGCCCAGGCUCCCGAGCUGAAGCAGGGGCUAUAUGAACUGGCGGCGAACAACUUCGAGCAGCAUGUUGCACAAGGUGAGCACUUCAUCAAGUUCUUCGCACCGUGGUGUGGUCACUGUAAAGCGCUAGCCCCAACUUGGGAGCAGCUGGCCCUGGGCCUUGAGCACUCUGAAGCUGUCAAGAUUGGCAAGGUGGACUGCACACAGCACCAUGAACUCUGCUCAGGAAACCAGGUCCGUGGCUACCCGACCCUGCUCUGGUUCCGGGAUGGCAAGAAGGUCGAUCAGUACAAGGGCAAGCGGGAUUUGGAGUCGCUGAAGGGCUAUGUGGCAUCACAGCUGCAGAGACCAGAGGCUGCUGCGCCGGAAUCCAGCAAGCCCACUGAGGCCCCUGGGCUGGCCGCCCAGCCUGCAGCUGAUACGGGCGCUGUGCUGGCACUCACCCAGAAGAAUUUUGACGAGGCCGUUGCAGAAGGAAUCACCUUCGUCAAGUUUUACGCCCCAUGGUGUGGCCACUGUAAGAACCUGGCUCCCACCUGGGAGGAGCUCUCUAGGAAGGAAUUUCCAGGUUUGGCAGAGGUCAAGAUCGCCAAAGUGGACUGCACGGCCGAGCGGGAGAUCUGCAGCAAGUACUCGGUGCGAGGCUAUCCCACACUGUUGCUUUUCCGUGGAGGGAAGAAAGUCAGUGAGCACAGUGGCGGGAGGGACCUGGAGGCUCUGCACCGCUUCGUCCUGCGCCAGGCCAAAGACGAGCUCUAGAGGCGCGCCGGGAGGCCACCUGGCUCCCGCACCGCAGGCAGGAGCAGCGGCACUUCCAACGGGCUCUGGGGCAAGCUGAGCGCACUGAACUGGUACUUCUCAUUGGCCUGUGUGUGCGUGUGUCCUCUAAGAACGCACACUCUGCAUCUGAUGCAGUUUCUCUAAGAAAUGUGUAAAUGGUAACUGUGCAAACUCCAGGGUUCUCAGUGGCAGCACAGCCACACUCACCUUCUCUGGAUGGAAUUAAACAAUAUUCCUUUGAGACUAAAAAUCA